CAUUCCAUGGCAGACGAUAAGGCACGCGCGCAGACCACCACCGUGGAUAAGGAUCGAGAAGCUUGCGCUCUCUCCUCUCGUCUGCCCUUUCCGUCUCCGUCUCCGUCUCCAGCCUCCAUCCAUGGCGGCUCAUCCCCUCCUCUCCUCCGCGGCGCUGGUUUGUUGCCGUCUUGCACCUGCAGGCGCUGUAGGGGAAAGGAGCCGCGUCCCCCGGCUGUGCGUGACGACGUCGGCACGCCCAGCUGCUCGAGCGGGCGGGAGGGCGAGGUCCCUGAGCGUGAGGUGCGAGCAGGGAGCCAAGGGCGGCACCGGCGGUGGGCUGGACGUGUGGCUGAGCCGCGGCGCCAUGCUGGGCUUCGUCGGGGCGGUCGCCGUGGAGCUCACCACCGGCAAAGGCGUGCUUCAGAAUGUGGGACUGACCGCGCCGCUGCCGACGCUGGCGCUGGCGCUCACCGGCGUGGUCGGCGUGCUCACGGCUUUCCUCAUCUUCCAAUCCGGGACGCCGGACUGAUGGACGAGAGCUGCCGGCAUCUUCCUAGCUCCCAACUCCCAAGAAGGCAUGCAUAUGUGUGUAUAUCUAUGCAGUUGUAGUUGUGUUCAUAGAAAGGGGAUGCAGAGGAAGUUGGAGGAGUAACACAUUAUGGAAAAGAAACGAUAAUUAAUUGUUACCAAAUGUGUGUUUUCAGUACUCCUCCUUGAAGGAGUAAAUUGCAUUUUUGGAUCUGUUAAAGUGUA